GACAAGAUGGCGGCGGCAAUGGAUGUGGAUACCCCAAGCGGCACAAACAGUGGAGCAAGCAAGAAACGCUUUGAAGUCAAGAAGUGGAAUGCUGUCGCUCUCUGGGCCUGGGACAUCGUUGUAGACAAUUGUGCCAUUUGCCGGAACCACAUCAUGGAUCUCUGUAUCGAGUGUCAAGCCAAUCAGGCCUCAGCUACAUCAGAAGAGUGCACUGUGGCUUGGGGAGUUUGCAACCAUGCUUUCCAUUUCCACUGUAUCUCCCGUUGGCUGAAGACCAGACAGGUGUGCCCUCUAGACAACAGGGAGUGGGAGUUCCAGAAGUACGGACACUAAU